AUGGUCGAAAUCAAGCGGACAGAGGCCCCCAGAGUCGACGAUGACUCGGAGAGAUACAGAUUGCUAUACAGCAAAUCAAAGGUCUAUGUUCACCCAACAGCCUAUUCCAGAGACAACAUUCCUGGUUUCGUGGCAUUGGUGAAGCGGGAGGCCACCAACCCUAUUUACCUCUUGGCAUGGAUUCCAGAGACUCUGUUGAAUGAGAAAGGACCAUCUGAAUGGGACAAGUUUGUCAAGAUUGAAGAGAAACAUGGCACCGCCGACGAGGACGAUGACGUCGUGCUCAUCGACUUUCCAAUUCAAAGACCUGAAUCUUACGCAUUCUCCGUUCCUUUGACGUCCAUAUACUCUCUCAUUGUUCACCCGCCGUCACUCUCGUCUUGGUAUGGAUCCAUUGCAAUCAAUCUCAUAAACGGCGAUACUCUACCAACGUUGCACUUCCACGACGACGAAUCCAGCUCGUUCACGCUACAAAGCCCCCGCACGACCACUGCUUCUGGAAGUAAUGUCACCGCCUACCCUCCGCCACCCACCCAAGGCACCUCUCAUGUUCCGAAGGCCGUCACCUCUUGGGGCGGUGAAGACGUCAUCUCACGACUGCGCCAAUACGCCCAUGUGCUGCGCUCGACCCUUCAACCGAGCCUAUUUCUGAUUGAUCCCUCAAGAGCCGACAUCGAGGCCCAUUCGACCCAAAUCUUUUCUGACGAUGCUGUCGAUGACAUUCUCGCCCAGUCGUCAUAUGCAAACUCACAUUCGCCAGUGCCUGCACACCGACGACCCAGACCUCUGUCGACAGCAAAUGGGUCGAGUAACCCGUACUCCCAGAGAUCCUCAGUGCUCCACAGGUCUCUUGGGUCUCCACCUAUUUCCCCGGCCCAGUCUCAGUCAAGCUCACAAGCCCGAACCGCCCUCCUCCAGUCCUUCUCUAACAUCACACGAGCCACACGCCAUGCAGCUCAGAACAUCCUCUCUCACCCCCUGGCCAGACCCAUCGUGCCCCACCUCCCCGAUCCCGUAAAGAGUCUUGUGAACGCGAACGGUGAAUGGGGCAGUUGGGUGGAAAAAGGUGGAGUGGGUGAGUUUGAGAGCGCACGGGUGUAUCUGGCGAGGUGGGCGAGGAUUGUAGCUGAGGAGGGUGAGAGGGCGCGGAGGCUGGAGGCACAGGCGCUGCCUUCGUCUUCGAGUUUGGCGGAGGAGUCAUCGUCGUUGGGCGUGUUUGAGUUGUUGCAUUCUACUUCGAAUUUGCCUCCACCGAAGACGUUGAGAGAUCCAUCUCACCCUGUGGAUGAACAUACUUGGGAGAGUUGGUUUGAUGGAGAGGGCAGGCCGAAGAUCAGGGAAGAGGAGAUGAGGAGGGAGGUGUUUAGGAGAGGUAUUUCUUCCAAGGGAACCCUCAGACAGAAGAUUUGGCCGUUCUUGCUGGGUGUGCAUGAAUGGGACACCACUGCGGCACAGAGGGAGGCGGCGUGGAAAUCUAAGCGGGAGAUCUAUCAGAAGACCAGGGACGAAUGGUGUGGGGUUCCAGAAGUAUUCGAUCGACAGGAUGUUAUUGAGGAGAGGCACCGAAUAGACGUCGACUGUCGCCGUACAGAUCGCAAUCAGCCUCUUUUCUCGGCACCCGCUGAAAUACCUACAACAGAUCUAGACGAUGAGAAGGGGAUCAACAGGCGCUACUCGACUAUAUCUCCCAACAUGAACGAUAUAGGAGCCCAGUCUCCGAGCAAUGAGCACGUAGACCGGAUGGCUGGAAUUUUGUUGACCUACAACUUUUACGAGAAAAGUUUCGGAUAUGUGCAGGGAAUGUCGGAUUUAUGCGCGCCUCUAUACGUCGUUAUGGCGGGUGAUGAAGCGAUGACCUUUUGGUGUUUUGUGCACUACAUGACUCGCAUGAAGAAGAAUUUCUUGAGAGAUCAAAGCGGCAUGAAGCAGCAGCUUUCAACACUUCAGCAAUUGAUUGGUGUCAUGGAUCCCGAACUGUUUAGACACCUUGAAAAGACCGAUGGAAUGAAUUUGUUCUUUUGCUUCAGAUGGGUUCUUAUCGCGUUCAAACGCGAAUUCCCGUUCGACGACGUUCUACGGCUUUGGGAAGUACUCUGGACAGAUUACUACAGCACCAGCUUCGUUCUUUUCGUCGCGCUGGCAGUUCUAGAGUCGCACCGAGACAUGAUUCUACGCUACUUGGUGGAGUUUGACGAGAUUCUAAAGUACUGCAACGAACUCAGCAUGACGAUCGAACUCGACACCACCCUCGCCCAAGCCGAGGUCCUAUUCCUCUCCUUUGCGCAGCUAGUCGCAGAUAUCGAUAGAAGAAAGGCCGAGCAAGCUUCUCAAACUAACCAACUUCGUAACCGUGUAACAGGACAGACUUCCGCCGCCGAGACUGCUGCUGUUUUGUCCCGAGUUGAACUUUCCGACGAUUUGAGAGACCUGUUGAAGACUUCGCGUUGA